GCACACAUGUGUCUGAUCAGCAGCCACUUAACUCAGGUGUGUCUGCUGCUUGCUUCAGUCACUUUGAGUGUUGCUCUGUGUUUUUUACAACCAAGUUCUCAUCAAGGCUGAAUAUGAGUCAUCCUGGACCAAAUGGAGGGAACCUACCCUCUCACACUAACAGUGGUGCAUCAAACUCCAGGCAGCAGGAUACAGGGCUGCACGGCACCAGUCAAGACCCAGGACCUUCAUGCAAUCCCCAGCACCAUGUCUCUGCCAGACCUUUGUUGUAUAUCCAUGCUCCACCUCCACCCCCACCCAGUUUCCUCCACUACCAGUGGCCCAUGCCCUUCUCCUAUAACCCCUUUGCUGGCUUCCCAGGCAUGGGCUAUGGUAUGGUCAUGCCCACCUUUUCCCCCUACAUGGAGGCUCCAACCUACAUUCUGCCUCAGCCUCACAUCCAGCCAGUUGACUACAGGCUCUUACUCCAGCCCCAGGUCCAUGUACCCAGCACAUCCAUCCAGAACCCAAACCAGACGCAUAGAAUUCGUCUGCCUCAUACUGUCCCUGUUAGGCAAACUGUGAACAUUGAGGUCCAAACAGAACCCCCACAACCCACACAGACAAGUGUAGGUCACUAUGGUCAGAGAAGCCCAGUUGUCGGGUCAGAUUCUGGGCAUGGAACUACCUCAAGUUCCCCAUCUUCAAGCACCAGUUUUGAAAAAAAAGGCUCUGAGGCUGAGAACUAUACUUUACCUCACAGUGAUGUGAAAGACAUCCAGGUUAACAGGACCUGCACAAGUGAUGCGGUUUUUAACAUCAUAGAGCCCACAGAAAUGGAAACUGCCCAGUCAUCUAUCAGAGCAACUCUAGAAACACAGAGGAGCUGUAAUGACACUGUUGGUAAGGAGAAUGUUUCCCCUUGCAAAGAAGAUCACUGCAAUAUGGGUUCAGUGAGUUCCCCAGAUAGUGAGGGCCCUGUUUGUAGCUCUUCUCAACAAGAGGAUGAGGUUGCCAAAGAGAGAAGUGUCUCUAGCUCCAAUAUUCUGAUAAGUUGGGGCAGUGGUACACCACAGGCAACAUUGAUGAAUCUGCCAGACAAAGUACUGCCUCAGAAUGACCAGCAGCUGCUGUCUUCUGAAACUGAAUUGGAGCAUGAAAAAUUAGUUGGCCAGAGUCCAAAUGAGACCAAUAAUGAUCAACUGGUAGCUGAUAACAUUAAUAUUAAUGAUGCUGCUGAGAAUAUCCUAAGUUCUAAGAACAGUGAAAACUUUUUCAAGAUCCUCAAACUGCCUUUCACUCUUCAUGAGAUUUUCUUUGACUCCAGAAGUGACUGUGAAAAGUGA